UGAUCUUGUCUUGCUUAUUGCCUGUUUACCUGUUACAGCGAAGUUGCCGCUGUAUCUCGGAGCUUGGAAUAUUUGAGAGAAAAAUUAUGUUGGGAUAUUUUAUUACUGUUAUAUACUUACUUACAACAGUAAAUCAAGGUUUAUGCGAUGAUGGUUAUUUCUGGCACGUGACAGACUUUCAUUAUGAUCCCACAUACGAAACAACUUCCCUAUCUUGUAAGGAAUCGAAGGUUGGGGACCAGAUUGGCACCUUUGGUGACAUGUGGUGUGAUUCUCCUUGGAUUCUUAUAGAAAGUUGCGUUCAAGCUAUGAAGAAAUUUAAACGGAACGUGGAUUUUGUCUUAUGGACUGGAGACACAAUUUUACAUGCAGACGUUGAAAAGAUAAACCAUACCUUUAAUGCAGUGAUUCUCGACAACACAACAGACGUUCUGAAAGCUGCAUUUCCUGAUAUUCCGGUUUAUGCUACAUUUGGUAAUCAUGAUGCGUAUCCAACUGGGCAGUUCCCACCAAACAACACAUUGCUGUACAACGAGUCGCUCGCUAGAUGGCGCUCCUGGAUCAAUGAUGAUACACAGGACGAGGACUUCAGAAAUGGUGGCUUCUACACAGUGAAAACCUCAUAUGGCAUCAGGAUAGUGGCUCUCAACACCAACUUUUACUACACCCCAAACAAAUUGGUGUCCCCCGAAGGUGACCCUGCAGGCCAGUUCGCUUGGCUGACUGAAACGCUUGGAAAUGCUACGGAUCAGAAUGAAAAGGUGAUCGUUACUGCCCAUAUUUCUCCCGGCGUUACACCGAAACCUGAUAUCCCAUUCUUUUCCGAUCAAAAUGACAAACUUGUAGAAAUACUGAGACAAUUUGCUGACAUUAUUGUUGCUAUGCAUUUUGGCCACGAACAUGCUGAUGCAUUCAAAGUAUUGAAAAACACUGCAGGUGUCCCGACUGCGCCACUUUUUCUCGCACCGUCGAUAGCGCCCCUACGAUUUGGUCCAAUGCACAACCCAGGUGUAAGGCUGGUGAAGUACGACCGAAUCACCGGCAAGCAUAUUGAUAUCUCCCAAUACUACCUUGACCUCAAUGCUGCCAACAGAGCUGGAGUGGCAGACUGGAAGCUUGAAUAUACGGCAUCAGAUGCAUACAACAUACAAGACCUAACAGCUUCAAGUCUCACCGCUUUAAUUGAUAGAAUGGAAGAUUCAGACAGUACCGAGUUUAAGACCUACAGGAAGUUUUACUAUGUGAGUCCGCCUGAAAAUCUUACCGAGGAUUGCGACUGGAAAUGCCAUGCUGUUAUAUUUUGUGGAUUUACAGAGUUCAACUUGGAUGAUGUCAAGAAAUGCGAAAAGAAGAUGGUGUCUGAGGCAAUACGAAUGACUAGCUGGAAAUAUUUGUACGGAUUCUUAGUCUUUGUACUUGUGACAUACAUACAUACGUAAAGCAUGAUAAGGAAAAAAUGUAUAAAACCAUGAUUUAUUUCAAAACGAUAUGAACUAUUAUGCUUUUAGGUGUCACAGUCUUGUGGUUCUACUAUCCAUGUAUCAUGUGAAUGUUAUGAAAACCAAGUUAUUUUAACAGUUACACAAAUGUA